CUCUAGGUGCUCCCUAGGCAGGGGUGUGAAGCGCUGAUCACCGAGGUAGAAUACGAACAACUCUGAUGCGUUGAAAUAUAACUUGUAAAGCUGGUUUUUGUACCUAGUAGGAGUGCCAGCUCAUCAGUCUUGGUGGACUUUAGCAACGCAUUGGUCGCUGCUCCUGUUGUAGAUUUUCACCUGUAGUUCCUCUUCAAUAUGUUUCUGGCCAAAAAACUCAUUGGUGGCAUCCUGGAUGUUGUGAGCAAUGUUGACCCUGGUCAAUUCAUGCCAUCAGAGCCUCCCCCACCACGCAGACCUCUGGCCUACGCUAAGCCGAAGGAGAAUGACGAGGAGACACAGUUUCGCAAGGUGUUCCAGCAACUUGCUGGGGAUGACAUGGAGGUGAGCCCCACUGAACUGAUGAACAUCCUCAACAGGAUCAUUGGCAAACGUAGUGACCUGAAAACUGAUGGCUUUAGCAUCGAGUCAUGCAGGAGCAUGGUGGCUGUCAUGGACAGUGACAGCACAGGAAAGCUAGGUUUCCAUGAGUUCAAGUUUUUAUGGAACAACAUCAAGAAAUGGCAGUGUAUCUACAUAUCAAAUGACACGGACCGCUCAGGGCUCAUCUCCUCACAAGAGCUUCCUGCUACCUUCAAAGCUGCAGGCUUCCCUCUCAACGACCAGCUCUUCCAGUUGAUGGUACGCAGGUACAGUGAUGAACAGGGCAACAUGGACUUUGACAACUACAUUGGGUGCCUGGUCAGACUGGACGCUAUGUGUCGAGCUUUCAAGACUCUGGACAAAGAUGAUGAUGGAAUCAUCAAAGUCAACAUCCAGGAGUGGCUUCAGUUGACCAUGUACUCAUAAAACAUCAGGGAAAGCCUACAAAAAUCCUACAUUCAUCUCUUCAUUUAUCUCUUUCUCUUUCUCUUAUUUUAGAUUUUUAUUUCAUAUGACCAUUGUUAUUAUUGUUUACAGACGUUCAUAUGUCAUUUAGUCAUGAAAGUUCAUUCAAUUCAUCACUAGAUGGCAGCAUUGCAGCAACACCAGGAAAGCACAAAUCCACUUUCUGUCCAAUAGGCCAAACUCAAAUACCUUUCUAUAUUCCCAAAUAUUUUAAAGUUUUGUGUUUUCCUUUUUUCCAGCAAAACACUUGGUCAAACAUUCCAUAAUGCUAUGAAAUGUAAUAUAUACAUUCUAGUGCUCAAUAAAGGGGCAAUAUUACCUAA